AUCACAUUGCUUACAGCGGCAGCCCAUCCAUUUCCGAAGUCACCUUCCGCUAUGCGCUCUGUGACUUGCAGCACCCCUACGAACAUUGCCGUGAUCAAGUACUGGGGCAAGGACAAUGUCGCCCUGAACACGCCUUUGAACUCUUCUGUGAGCGUGACGUUGAACCAAGACCAGCUCAAGACCGUCACGUCUGUCCUCGCCUCGAAGGACUUCCCUGCCGAUCGCAUUUGGCUCAACGGUGCCGAACAGAACAUCCAAAACAAGCGUAUCCAAGUGGUUUUGAAGGAAGUGCGUCGUCUCGCGACCUCCAACGCCGUGGACGCUCACGGCCGUGCGAUUGCCAAGGCGGACUGGGACCUCUACAAGCUCCACAUUGUAUCGAUCAACACGUUUCCCACCGCCGCGGGCCUCGCGUCGUCUGCAGCAGGGUACGCAUGCUUGGUGGCGGCCCUCGUGGAACUGUACGCUGCCGAAGAAGAGUACGAAGGCCAAUUCUCGGCCAUUGCCCGCCAAGGCUCUGGAAGCGCGUGCCGCAGCCUCCACGGUGGCUUCGUGCGCUGGGACAAGGGCGUCAAGGCGGACGGAACCGACAGUCUGGCGAUUCAGAUCGCCGACGACAAGCACUGGCCCGAGCUAGAAGCAAUCAUUUGCGUUGUGAACGACAAGGAAAAGGACACGAGCAGCACGGACGGCAUGAACACGAGCAAGGACACGUCGGAGCUGCUUGGGUUCCGCGCCCGCGAAGUCGUGCACAAGCGACUGGCGGCGAUCGAAGCCGCGUACAAGGCCAAGGACUUUGAAACGUUUGGCAAGAUCACCAUGAUGGACAGCAACCAGUUCCACGCCACAUGUCUGGACACGUACCCGCCCAUCUUUUACCUGAACGAGAUCUCGCGCAGCAUCAUCCACCUCGUGCACAAGUACAACCAUCACGCGGGCGCCAUCCAAGCCGCGUACACGUUUGACGCGGGCCCGAACGCUGUGAUUUUCGUCGAGAAGAAGCACACCAAGGACGUGCUGGCGUUGCUCUCGCAUUACUUUGACUCUACCACCGAGUGCGUUGUCCCCUCUCACUCGCGUCGGGGCUGGUUGAGUGGGUUGUCUUGACUUUGCCGUUUGUUUGAAUAGACCGCUCGAAGUGCGAGGUCCCGUAGACACAACCAACCUCCCACACGUCGACCCGACCUUGUUGGCCUCGAUCAAGGCCCAGCCCACCCCCGGCGCCCUCAAGAUGCUGUACCACACGACGGUCGGAGACGGGCGUCGCGUGCUCACGGCGGCGGAUUCGCUUAUUGACAUUGCCACGGGGCUGCCCAAGCAAAAAGAAAACUAGACUUGCAACACAAAACAACUGGACGGACGGAUGCUGCCCACGCUUGUUCGAGUCAGUCACAUCGAGAUAACUGCCCAACAAAUCCAAUAUUGUGCUAUCGAGUGUUAUGUUGAAUUCUCGUGAUGAUGAUGAGGGGUGUCCGAAGAAUCGGAACCCAUAGGUUCUACGAAUUACGAGGCUUUACAAGUCCAGCAACAGACGCUCGGGGUCGGCGAUCUUGUCGGCAAUCGACUUGAGGCACGUCACGGCCUCCCGGCCGUCCACGAGCCGGUGGUCAUACGUCAAUGCGAGGUACAUCAUCGGCCGCGCGACGAUUUCGCCGUUGGCCAGCACCACCGGGCGCAUCUUGGUCGCGUGCAUGCCGAGGAUCCCCGCCUGGGGGACGUUGAUGAUGGGCGUGCCCAUGAGCGACCCGAACACGCCGCCGUUGGAGAUGGUAAAGUUACCGCCGGCCAUGUCUUCCAUCGUGAUUUCGCCGGCGCGCGCCUUCUCGGCCAGCUGUGCCAACGUCUUCUCGAUGUCGGCAAAGCUCAUCGACUCGGUGUUCUUGAGCACGGGGGUGACGAGGCCCUUGGGGGUCGCCACGGCCACGCUGAUGUCGACGAAGUCGCGGUAGAUGAUCUCAGCGUGCUUGUCGUCGAUCGAUGCGUUCACGCCUGGGUUUUCCAACAGCGCGGCCGCCGACGCCUUGAUGAACGCGCUCAUAAAGCCCAGCUUGACGUGGUGCUUCUUUUCGAACGAGUCCUUGUACGUGGACCGCAGCGCCAUGAGCUUGGACAUGUCCACUUCUUGGAACGUCGUGAGGCUCGCGCUGGUGUUUUGCGACUCCUUCAAGCGCUCGGCAAUGCGAAGACGCAUGCGGCUCAUCUUCUCGCGGGUCGUGCCACGAGGCAAGCUACCGCCCAGCAGAGGCGACGAAAUGUUGGUCGCCACAGCAGGGGCUGCCUUGGUUGGCUCGGCUUGCUUCUUUGCCGGGGCGGGGGCUGCGGCGGCGACAGGCGUGGGCGCGACGGGCGUAGCAGGCGCGGCGGCCUUGGUGGCUCCGCUGGCCCCAGGAAUCAGCGUGAACAAGGGCGCGCCAAUGGUCACGACGUCCUCCACGUUGACCAAACUCUGUUGGAUCACACCGGCUUGCGGCGCACGGACGUCGACGCUGACUUUGUCGGUUUCAAUGACAAGGACCACGUCGUCGGCUUCGACGUGGUCGCCAGGGCCCUUGGUCCAGCUUACAACCGUGCCUUCAGAGAUGGAGUCGCCCAUGGACGGCACGUUCACAGUCACCGGAGCAGCGUCGCUGGUCGGGGCGGCGGGGGCCGGCGUCGAGGCAACGGGAGCAGGAGAGGACGCGGCAGGAGCAGAGCCCGACGAUGCGCCUUGAUCCAAUUGAAACAACGGCGCGCCAACAUUCACGUUGGCGUCGACGUCGGCCAAAUGGGCCGUGAUGACGCCAGCGUGAGGGGAUCGGACGUCCACGCUGACUUUGUCCGUUUCAAUGACCACGACGACAUCGUCCGCUUCGACAUGAUCGCCGACGUUCUUGACCCAUUCAACGACUGUGCCUUCCGAAAUGGAGUCACCCAUGGACGGGACAGGGAUGUCCACGGAUGCAAACGAUCGAAUUUGGGCGACGCAAAAUUUGGCGCGGCUGUUCAAGCGGAUGGAAGUCGCCACGGACGUCGAGUUCGCAUGAAACGAGCGGACACCAUUGGUCGAGACCGCGGCUUGGCGGUUGCGCAAGGCCAGAGGAAGCUUAAUGCGACGUAAGUUGCGUAACAUGGUGACGGAAGGCGAGUGAUCGAGAGUGAUGCGGCAGGUGACUUUG